GUAAACGCCUGCGAGAAUUGUCUUGCCGCUUGCACCAUCUCGCCAGAGCGCGCGGAGACCGGGGCCCGGGCCGCGCUACCUUUUUCUGCUACAACCUGGGGUGGACCCCCGCCUAUGUAGGCAGUUUGAUACUGUGCGCGUGCAGGGGCGACUUUGUCACCUGGUCUUCUUUUUACCUGGAAUAAUUAUCGUUCUUAUCGUGGGCUUACUGCUGGACCAGGUGAAGUUUGAAAAACACCCGUCCUCCUCACCCCUGUUUUAGUCCUACGAGGAUAACCAUACCCUGUCAGAUGGGACUAUCUAAGAGACGUCAACGAGUACAGCAUUUUACAGUCGCGCCUUCAUCUGGCCAGUCGCAAGUGUUUCUAAAAUAGACAUCCUACUUCGGUACAAUCAUGGAUUUCCUUUAGAUCAUACAAAGCUGAGACCAAAUCAUUAUACCAACGGAUUGUAAAUUUGGGAUUGUUACGAUUUUUAUUUUUUAUAUAUGGGCCCAAAAAAAACUCAACAACUAGCAGGUUCAAAAUACCUAGCUGUAUGAUGCGACAACGUCAGUAUGUGGAGAAUAAGACAGUGACUCACCACAUUAAUUAGCAAAGCGUUUAAGAAUGUACUCACCUGUAUUGCACCUAUAGCUGCAACUUUUACAUGGGAAAGCGAAUAAUUCUCAUUGUUAUAGAGAAACUAGGAGGAGAGUCGUUCUUGGUUCUAAGACGAGAGAGCGAGAGAGAAAGAUAUGAAAUAAUAUUAAAAUCUAUUUAUAAGGAAUUAUUAUUCUCAGGACUCUACUCCCUGUUAACGAUAGUUUGAUAGCUCGUCUAAUGUGCUUGACUUUCAGAAAUAUUAAAAGUUUUAAAAAGUAAAUUUUUACUUACGUUGUUUAUCCUUUGCGUAGCGACUGUGACUCGGUGUUUAACAAUCAGCCUGUCUCAGACUACACCAACAGAAGUGUUAUUUCCCUAUCUUUGCUGACGUCAUUAGACGACGCCAUAUUCACCGAAGGAGGGUAAACAACUCCUUGAAAUCGCUUGACUUUCAAAAGUCGAAUGCUGUGUUGCGACUUUUUCCUACUUCAUUGGACGUAUUGCACAGAUAUAUUAUCUUAAAUCAUGUUUAGAUCAAGCUGGUAUUUCUGCACGCCACCAUAGUCGUCCUAUUACUCGUGUUUAGAUCAUAAUAUCAUCACCAGGGAUAUACCUAACAAAACGUUGCCAUGGAGAUCAACUUAAACCCCGAAUUUGGAGGGAUAACUUUCGCCCCACCCGACCAGCAGCCUUCCACGGGCAUCAUCUCCUCUCUCAACGUGUCGCAACUUCCGGGACACGUGGGUGGCAACGGCGGUAGUUGCGAUAGCAACGGUACGGACGAGUACAAGGAGUUCUACGAGACUGCCCAGUUUGUGACGGGUCUCAUCAUCUACCCUCUGCUGUGUGUCACGGGGAUCACCGGGAAUUCCCUGUCCCUCAUAGUGCUCAGUCAUAAAGACAUGGCUACCUCCACCAACAUCUAUCUCUUAGCCCUGGGGAUCUCCGACUCGCUGAAGCUGAUGAAUGACUUCCUCUACUUCGUCAUGCUGGUCAUCUCGCAGCACAACCCCACGGCCGCCAACGCCAUGAUGGUCAACGUAUACCCUUACGCUCAUUAUGUGUUUCAGGUGGCGGUGAGCGUGACUGCCUGGCUCACUGUCUCAGUUGCCAUGGACCGCUACAUCUCCGUCUGCUACCCGUCCCACUCCAAGAGCCUGUGCACCAUCCCCAAGGCCAGGACGGUGGUCAUCUCUGUCAACGUCAUCAUGAUUCUACUGUCCAUCCCCUCAGGCUUCCGGUACCGCUUGCAGACUGUCCAUGACCUCAAGAACAACGUGACUUGCAUGGAGCUGGUGGUCACAGAACUAGGAAGGAACAGACAGUUCAUGAUUCCAUACACCUGGGUGCAGAACUUUCUUCGAGGGAUCAUCCCAGUCUUCAUCCUAGUUUUCAUCAACGCUCGCAUCAUCAACGUGUUGAGGAAGGAGAGGGUGAGGGGAAAGAAGUUCAGUUCCAGGAACCGCAUCACCCUGAUGCUCAUCGCAAUGGUGGUCAUUUUUAUUUUGUGUAUUACUCCUGACGCGGUCAUGUCCACGUUCUUCGGCAAGGGUUAUGUGGAGGAGGACUACAUGGUCAAGGGAAUCCGCGAGAUUACAGACAGCCUUGUUGCCUUCAACUCCGCCGUGAAUUUCAUUCUCUACUGCUCUCUCAGCGCGAUUUUCAGGAACACUUUCAUGCGCGUGUUUUUCGGGCGCCGUUACGCCAAAAUGCGGGGCGGGUCGUGCAGGAAUGUGAGUCGAGACGGGACAUCGGGGCGGAGGAAGAGCACGAAGAGCUCCCUCCGCUACAACCACAGGAACAGCGGGAGCGGAGGAGGAGGGGGAGGAGACGACGAGUAUGGGGACGAGGUGUGUGACGAGGACCUGGGACUUACGGAAAUACCCGAUAUGAACGGUCGGAACACCUUACUGGACGCUGUCCACAACAAUAUCCGAAACUACGAAGGGGUUGACGGUAGCAACGUCUACGACAACGGCGCCGACAAAGACAAUUCAGGAUCGCAUUACUACGAUUCCGCCUACACAAACGGGUACAGAUCAUCUCCACCCGAUUUAGACAAAAAGUACUCGUUUUCGAGCUUGGGUCGUGGACCAGAGAUGGACCCUAUGACCCCUCCGGACCUUAGUCGGUCUCCCCCUCACGGCAUCCUCAAACACAGGUCAUCUCUGGCCGAUGCCGUGCACGUGAGGGACGCGGCAGACAACAAGGUGGUUCUCUACGUCUUCCAGGACUCCGAAUCGGACGGGGUUCCUCUGUGAGGUCUUAACUUUUGGACUGCUAUGACAGUAUCCCAUCAUUCUACGGACUACUCUAGGAGUGACGGCAUUUUAUUGACCGUUUUGGGGUGGUCCUUUCUUUCUACCGACCACUCUGACGAGGGACAUCCCGUAAUUCUACAGACUACUCCGAGGAGUGACGUCAUAGUACUGAUAGCUCUUAUGAGCCUGCACCAUUCUACUAUCCGCUCCAGGAGUGACGUCAUUCUACUUAACACUCUGGUGUGAUGACGUCAUUCUACUGACCGUUGGAGGAGUGAGGUCAAUCUGCUGACAGAAUGGAAUCAUUCUCGUGGCCGGUCUUUGAGGUGGUGACACGACUCUAGUGACCAUUCUGGGGAUCAUGGCGUUAUUUUAUUAACAGUUUUGUUGUGAUGACGUCAUUUUAGAAAUAACAAGUGAUAUCUUUGUCUCCGAGGUGGUGACAUCAUAUAAUGACGUCAUUAUAAGGACCACUCUAGAAUGAUGACGUGAGAGUCGUUUAUUAUACAAUUUAAUAACGUUCUACUGGACAUUGACGAUCAUUCUGAGAAAAGGCACCAUACUCUGAGUUUUGGGAUAUGGAUUCUAUUUAUAACUUUUUUUCUCUAAUUUUGCAGAAGCAUAUAUGGACAAAGUGACAUGGCCCUUGAACUCCCCCCCCCCUCUUUCCCCCUCCCUCCUAAACAUACUACGGCUUACGAGUAGCAUCCCACUACCGUAAGAAAUGGCGCCAUCCUCACGUUUUCCCCGCAAGCAGAACAACACGUUAAAAAGAGACAGUUGGUUUUCUCAAUAUUGAGGAGCAGUUCACAACCUAACAUAGGAUAAAGUACUAAUUACGUGGUGUUGCAGCAUUAGCAGUUGCUAUAACAAUAACAAUAACAGGAGCAACGACGACAACAACAACGACAAUAGCAUCUACGAAAAAAA